AAAAAAAAAAGGAUAAAAAAUUCCUACUGAAAUAGUUAGAUAUUGUGGUUAUUUAUCUGUUAAUCUUACUGCUUUUCAGUUAAUUAAAAUAAGCUACACUGAAAUUGUGAUUUUGACUGAAGUGUGUCUUAAUUUGGAAUUUGUUCUUUUGGGUAGAAGAUAGGUUGGAUGGCAGCCAUAAUCUGUCUUUUGUGGGAAAGGCCAUUGCUUACUCUAAGCAUAUUGAUUUCAGAAGAAAGUCAUGAGGGUUUAAAUUUUAAGUCAAUCAAUCAAUCAAAAAAAAAAAAAAAAAACCUCAAAGGUUAUUUUCUUUAAUUUUUCCUUUGGGCAGUGGUGGGUGGUGACAUCCUGCAUCUGUGUCAUUUUAACCCUCCUCAGUCCCAUAUCUUGUCAUUGGAACAGCAGAUCUGUAAGUUGGGGCGGUUCCUGGAAAAAACUUAACCUAUGUUUAUAUCAACCUUAUUUUUAUCAUGUUAGUACAUUUUGUGGUAAAAAAAAUUCAUUCUAAACCCACGAUUCUUCCUAAAUUUAAUUGGAAAGGAUUAGUUCACAUUUGUUGAGGAGCCUACUGGGUUUUUUUGUCUUCAAUGACUACGGCCAGUUCUUUGGGGAGAAAAGCAACAAUAAACUCAUCUCCUUGUCCUUUGAGCUAUGAAAUACCUUGUCGAUGUUUAGAUGUGAAUACUGGGAAUGGAAAGUAUACAUCACACUCAGGAAUCAUUGUUCCAUGUUGAAUGUUUUGGUAAUCAUCAUUUGUUUGAAACUUCUUUGUGAUUUAAUUUUCCUGUGAAGCAUUGGCUGUUUAAGAGCUUAGACCUUGAAGUAAGACAAACCUAGACUGAGUUCUGGCACUUAAUUACUGGCUGAGUGAUCUUGGUCAAGGUGACCUUCGAUUAAGCCUUAGUUUUAUCAUAUGUAAACUAGGUGUUCAUAUGUAAAAUGGUGAUAGUACCUAUUCAUAGAUUUAUUACUUGGCUUAAAUCUGACACUUAGUAUUCAGUAAAUAUUCAGUAGAAUGCAUCUAUAAUACCUUGUUUUUGGUGUCAGAUGUGUUUCGGAGUUAAUAUUUUUCUUUUAAUUUUAGGAAGGUAAUACACUCAAUACUCUGUUAUAUAAAACCCCAAUGGGAUGGCACCCUGUACUUUCCUUGGCCAAUAUUUGAUUACGGGUAAAUGAGGACAAAAAAUAGCCACACAUCUGGUCAGAUUUUGCUGCGAAAUGAGUUCAGUUUUUGCCACUAAAUGAAUUAUGAAGAAACUUUUAAGUUUUUAUAGCUUUGGGGGUUUUGGAUUUGUGGAUUGUGUCCCUGUAUUUUAAACUUAAAAAGAAUUACGUUAUUCUAGGAGUAAAUUUUAGCUGUUUAUCUCAUUUUGGAAAGUUUCUGUGUAUUUUGUUCUGUUUUGAUUUUUUUUUUUUUUUUGGCCGUGCCCAUGGCAUGUGGAAAUUUCCUAUCCAGGGACUGAACCUGUGCCACAGCAGUGACCUGACCCACAGCAGUGACAACAGAUCCUUAACCUGCUGCAGCACAGGUUGUCUCCUCACUAGACUAUGAGCGCCUUGAAAGAAGGAAUCGUGUCUUGCUCAUCUUUAUAUCCCCAGUGUCUAGAACAGUUCCUGGUACAAAGUUCAUCCUUCCUGAGAUGGUUGAGCUGGAGUGACUUCCCCCAUCACUUGUAGAGGAUUGCUGCUCUGUGUUUAAGGUUUAAGCUGAAUUUUGGGACAUGGCCACUGCUUCACCAAGAUCUGAUACUAGUGAUAAUCACAGUGGAAGGUUACAGUUACAGGUAACUGUUUCUAGUGCCAAACUAAAAAGAAAAAAGAACUGGUUUGGAACAGCAAUAUAUACAGAAGUAGUUGUAGAUGGAGAAAGUAAGAAAACAGCAAAAUCCAGUAGUUCUUCUAAUCCAAAAUGGGAUGAACAGCUAACUGUAAAUGUGACCCCACAGACUACUUUGGAAUUUCGAGUUUGGAGUCAUCACACUUUAAAAGCAGAUGCAUUAUUAGGAAGAGCAACAAUAGAUUUGAAACAAGCUCUAUUAAUACACAAUAGAAAAUUGGAAAGAGUGAAAGAACAAUUAAAACUUUCCUUGGAAACCAAGAACGGUGUAGUGCAAACUGGUGAAUUAACAGUAGUGCUUGAUGGACUGGUGAUUGACCAAGAAAAUAUAACAAACCGCAACUCAUCUCCAACCAUAGAAAUACAGCAAAAUGGUGAUGCCUUACAUGAAAAUGGAGAGCCUUCAGCAAGGACAACCACCAGAUCGGCUGCUGAAGGUACUAAUGGAAUAGAUGACCAUGUACCUGCAAACACUGUGGUACAAAACUCAUGCUGUUCAUACAUAGUUAAUGGAGACAACACACCUUCAUCCCCAUCUCAGGUUGCUGCCAGACCCAAAAACACACCAGCUCCAAAACCACUCACAUCUGAGCCUGCCAGUGAUACUGAUCAUUUUCCCUUUUCAGUUAAUGGAGAUACUUCCUCAUCUGCACCCACUGAAAAUGCUUCCAUCGCCACGGGUACUGCAGUAGGAGCUGAAGAAACCGCCUUGUCUUCAAAUUGCACUAGUACAACUCUUGAAGAUCCUCCAGUUCAGGAAAUACUGACUUCCUCAGAAAACAAUGAAUGUAUUCUUACUAACAGUGCAGCAUUUGGAUCUGAAGCCAGAAAUACAUUAGACCCUUCUGCCUCCAGCUCCGGAAGUAGCUCUGCUUUUGAAGCAGCCAAAUUAAGACAGCCAGAUGGGUGUGUGGAACCUGUCCGGCAGCAGUCUGGAAGUGCCAACACAGAAACUCUGCCAUCGGGGUGGGAACAAAGGAAAGAUCCUCAUGGUAGAACCUACUAUGUGGAUCAUAACACUCGAACGACCACAUGGGAGAGGCCACAGCCUCUGCCUCCAGGUUGGGAAAGAAGAGUUGAUGAUCGGGGAAGAGUUUAUUAUGUGGAUCAUAACACCAGAACAACAACUUGGCAGCGGCCCACCAUGGAGUCUGUCCGUAAUUUUGAACAGUGGCAGUCUCAGCGGAACCAAUUGCAGGGAGCUAUGCAACAGUUCAACCAGCGUUACCUCUAUUCGGCUUCAAUGUUAGCUGCAGAAAAUGACCCGUAUGGGCCUUUGCCUCCAGGCUGGGAAAAAAGAGUGGAUUCAACAGACAGAGUUUACUUUGUGAAUCAUAACACAAAAACAACCCAGUGGGAGGAUCCCAGAACCCAAGGCUUACAGAAUGAAGAACCCCUGCCAGAAGGCUGGGAAAUUAGGUAUACCCGGGAAGGGGUUAGGUACUUUGUUGACCAUAAUACAAGAACAACAACAUUCAAAGAUCCUCGCAAUGGCAAGUCAUCUGUAACUAAAGGUGGCCCACAGAUUGCUUAUGAACGCAGCUUUAGGUGGAAACUUGCUCACUUCCGUUAUUUGUGCCAGUCUAAUGCACUACCCAGUCAUGUAAAGAUCAAUGUGUCCCGGCAGACAUUGUUCGAAGAUUCCUUCCAACAGAUUAUGGCAUUAAAACCCUAUGACUUGAGGAGGAGAUUGUAUGUAAUAUUUAGAGGAGAAGAAGGACUUGAUUAUGGUGGUCUAGCAAGAGAAUGGUUUUUCUUGCUUUCACACGAAGUUUUAAAUCCCAUGUAUUGCUUAUUUGAGUAUGCUGGAAAGAACAACUACUGUCUACAGAUAAAUCCAGCAUCAACCAUCAACCCAGAUCAUCUUUCAUACUUCUGUUUCAUUGGUCGCUUUAUUGCUAUGGCACUUUUUCAUGGAAAGUUUAUUGAUACCGGUUUCUCCUUACCCUUCUACAAGCGUAUGCUAAGUAAAAAACUGACUAUUAAGGAUUUGGAAUCUAUCGAUACUGAAUUUUAUAACUCCCUUAUCUGGAUAAGAGACAACAACAUUGAAGAAUGUGGCCUAGAAAUGUACUUUUCUGUUGACAUGGAGAUUUUGGGGAAAGUUACUUCACAUGACCUGAAGUUGGGAGGUUCUAAUAUCCUGGUGACUGAGGAGAACAAAGAUGAAUAUAUUGGCUUAAUGACAGAGUGGCGUUUUUCUCGAGGAGUACAAGAACAGACCAAAGCUUUCCUUGAUGGUUUCAAUGAAGUUGUUCCCCUUCAGUGGCUACAGUACUUUGAUGAAAAAGAAUUGGAGGUUAUGUUGUGUGGCAUGCAGGAGGUUGACUUGGCAGAUUGGCAAAGAAACACCGUGUACCGCCAUUACACAAGAAAUAGCAAGCAGAUCAUUUGGUUUUGGCAGUUUGUGAAAGAGACAGACAAUGAAGUAAGAAUGCGACUGUUGCAGUUUGUCACUGGAACCUGCCGUUUACCUCUAGGAGGAUUUGCUGAGCUCAUGGGAAGUAAUGGGCCUCAAAAAUUUUGCAUUGAAAAAGUUGGCAAAGACACCUGGUUACCAAGAAGCCACACGUGUUUUAAUCGCUUGGAUCUACCACCAUAUAAGAGUUAUGAACAACUAAAGGAAAAACUUCUUUUUGCAAUAGAAGAGACAGAGGGAUUUGGACAAGAAUGAAUAUGGCUUCUUGUCUUGGAGGAGCUCUUGCAUUUAAAUACCCCAGCCAAGAAAAAUUGCACAGAUAGUGUAUAUAAGCUGUUCAUUAUGUACAGUGAAUUUUCUGAACCUCUCAAAGUAUAAAUGUUUUCCGUUCUUCCACAGAAAUAUGCAAAACAGCUCAUCCUUUUCUACUUUAUUUAUUGUUCCCUUGAAGUGACUGACCAGGAAAAAGAUCAUCCUUAAAUUUUCAAGCAAACAAGAGACUUUAUUAAAAAUAAUAAGUAUAUAUCUAUAUAAGCAUUUAUGAUAGUGGCUCUAGUUUUAUAGAGCUCUGAGUGUAUUAACAUGACAGCCAUUCAUUCAAAAAUAAUCUGGAUUUGUUUUACCUUGUUUCUGUUAUCCAGGGAAAGUACAAAUUGCUCCAUGUUUUUUCUCCCUUUUGUAACAUCUCCUGAAGGUGUUUAGUUGCAUGGCUGUUCAGGAAGGUAUUAAGGGCUUAGGCCAAAUCUUACUUUGAAUAUGUUAAAAAUGCUGCUGGCUUUUUGAAAGACAGGUGCUUGAACCUGUCAAUUUGUUUUAAAUAAAUAUAAUAGUUGAAAAAUUUCCCUCUUUGCUACAUCACUAAUACUGUUAAAUUCAUGAAUGAAACCAUAACUUAAAUGAAAGUCGUGUACUAACUAGAUCCAUUACAUUUAGUUUAUUCUAGAAAUUAGAAUUCAUUGAGCAGCAUAGAGGUUUGUUUACAUGUUACUUUGGGAUGCUAGGUAUUUGUGGGAUUAAAGAGAAUCAGGCACUUCUGUACUUUAGUUUUAAAAUUUGUAAUGUUCUUUAAAUUCAUAAUAAAUUGAUGCAAUUUGAUACUUAGGAACAUAUGAAAAGGUAAUGUGAACUUUUCUGCUUUUGUGUUCAAAGUUUUGGUUUUAUAAAGCCAGAUGGAUUGAAGACUUAAAUAAGCAUUCAAACACUCAAAUAAGUCUAAUGAUUCUCUGUUACUGUUUGAAUAUCUUCAUUCCUCUUAAAAUCACAAAAAUUCUGUGUAUCUGAAUAAGUAUAAAAAAAUAUUUUGCCCCCGCCCUUUUUACAUAGAUUAUUUUGUCCUAAAUAAAUAACACUUUGUUUUUCACUAUCAAGGGCAUUUGCUGAACUGCAAAGAUGUAUAACAAAUUAAAAUCUGAUGUGAAUGAUAUUAAUGCUACUUUAACAAGCUGGGCUUCCUUAAUAUAAAAAUUUAAAUUUA